AUGAGUGUCACUAGUGCGAUUCUGAGGGCGACUGAUGGAAAUUUGCGGGCUGAUAAUUGGCAGUACAUCUUGGAGGUAUGUGAUAGGGUCCAAGAUGAUCCUGAAGACGGCGGAGAGGAAGCAAUCGAAGUGAUUGAGGAAAGACUAGAGCAGAAGGAUGCUAAUGUGAUUCUGAGGACGCUAUCCUUGAUAGUCUCCCUAGCCGAGAACUGUGGUUCUCGGUUGAAACAGCUUAUUAGUUCGAAACGCUUCACGCAGAAGUUGCAAUCGUUGGUCGAAAACAGAUCGGUACAUAUUACAGUGAAGCGCGAGCUGGCUAAGGUAGUACAACAGCUUUCUCACUCUUUCACAGGUGAUCCUUCUUUGAGAUACAUGGGAGAUCUAUUGUCGCUGAUAGCCUCCAAGUACCCCCAUCUUUUAGUUUCUGAGCAACCGGAUGUCCCUUCUAAAGCGGAGAUGAGUGCUGAAUCGAAACAGAAAGAAGACAAAGAGCUCGAAGAAGCCCUGAAAUUAUCGUUAGUAGAGUAUGAGCAGCAACAGGAAAGCCAAGGACGUCAGCAGCCGCGGGCGGAAAGAAGCGUGAAUGGCAAUGAAAAUAUGCAGCAGAAUAACUCUAAAGACGAUGACGCAUUGCCCCCCGGGCCAACGGUUGUUAAAAAAGUGAGAGCAAUGUACGAUUUGUCGAGCUCAGAACCGGAUGAGCUAUCGUUCAAAAAGGGUGACGUGAUCGUCGUGCUCGAGCAAGUCUAUCGGGACUGGUGGAGGGGAACCUUGUAUGGUAAAGUUGGAAUUUUUCCGUUAAACUACGUGACUCCUGUCAAGGAACCUACUCAGCUUGAGCGCGAAUUAGAAAGGCAGAACGAAAAUGCUCUGUUAUGCCAGAAAGCAAAUGUGGACAAACUCUACUAUACUUUACAGCGGUCUAAAGACUCAAGAGAUGGCGACCUAACACAGGAUCCCGCAAUAAACGACCUCUAUGGAACAGUAACUCCAUUGAGACCUCAAAUCGCUAAAAGCAUCGGAAAGUAUGCUCGAAAAAGGGAAGAUCUUGCCUCUCUGCGAGAAGUUCUCGCUAACGCGGAAGCUACUUACAAUCAGCUGCUGGAUCGAGCUACAAACGCUUAUACUUCGCCAAUGCCUGCCCAACGCUACCCUACGAUGGACCAACCGAGGAAAGGCUAUGCGUUCUCAAGCGAGCACACCCGAGAUCCACAUGCCUGGAAUGGUUCAGCUCAAUCCAUGAGCGGGUCUCAACGACAAAACUACGGUCAAUCUCAACACGAUCAGGGUUACGGUCAUGACUACCGCAAAUCUCAAGUGCCGAUGCAAUACGGAGCCCAGUCUAGCGCUGGCCAAAACGUUGAUCCCUAUAAUCCGAACAAUAAUUGA